UAGUAAAUUACCUGCCCCUGCCACCUGCAGUGCUGUUUGGUCUCACUCAAAGAUUCCUCUUGCGUUUUCAACAAUAUUUUAUCGGAGACAAAAAAAGUAGUCAUCUCCGAUUCUAUCAAGAUCUAGGUCUAGAUCUAGAUAUCUAGAUCUAGAACCCGCUCGUUUCUUUUCUCUUGCAUUGUGAAAUACUCAGCGCUAAAGUAGGAUACUUACCAUGUCAUACAGGGACCGUGACCGUGAUCGUGGAAGAGGACCAAGCAGAUCAGACGGUGGUCCAUUUUCGAGAGGUCGCUAUGACAGAGAUCGAAGUAAUAGUAGAGCCAGUUAUGACAGAGGGGGCAUGAUGGAUCGAGGCAGGAUGUCCCUGAAAGGUUCUCAGCCAGGCCAGAAUUUACGCAAACCACGAUGGGAUCUGGCGCGUUUGUCCAAAUUUGAGAAAAAUUUUUACAAGGAGCACCAAAAUGUAUCAAGGCGAACGCAGCCUGAGAUCCAGCUAUUUUACACUCAACAUCAGAUCACCGUAAGUGGCAAGAAUCUACCAAAACCAAUGUAUACCUUUGAAGAGGGACUUUUUCCAGACUAUGUCAUGAACCAGAUUCGCAAAAACAGCUGGACUGCACCAACACCCAUUCAGUGCCAGGGGUGGCCUAUAGCUUUGUCUGGACUGAAUAUGGUUGGAAUUGCACAGACAGGCUCAGGAAAAACUCUAGCAUUCAUUCUUCCUGCAAUUGUGCAUAUCAACAACCAACCAUAUUUGGAGCGUGGAGAUGGACCAAUUUGUCUUGUUCUAGUUCCAACUCGAGAGCUAGCGCAACAAGUACAGCAAGUGGCGCAGGAGUUUGGUAGAGCUUCACAAAUCAGAAAUGCUUGUGUGUAUGGAGGGGCUCCGAAAAGACCUCAGCUGAGGGAUCUUGAACAAGGAGCUGAGAUCUGCAUCGCUACACCAGGGAGGUUGAUCGAUUUGCUGGAAUCAAAUAAGACGAAUCUGAAACGAACUACGUACUUGGUACUGGAUGAAGCUGACCGCAUGCUGGACAUGGGUUUUGAACCUCAGAUCCGAAAAAUUAUAGAGCAAGUCAGGCCUGACCGGCAGACAUUGAUGUGGAGUGCAACAUGGCCCAAGGAAGUAAGGAGGCUGGCUGAAGAUUUCCUUGACGAUUAUGUUCAAGUGAAUAUAGGUGCCCUGCAGCUCACAGCUAACCAUAACAUAUUGCAGAUUAUUGAUGUAUGCAUGGAGUUUGAAAAAGAAGACAAAUUGGUAAAGCUUCUAACAGAGAUCAUGCAAGAAAAGGAAAAUAAAACAAUCAUUUUUGUUGAGACCAAGAGGAAAGCAGAUGACAUCUCAAGAAGGAUGAAAAGAGAUGGGUGGCCAGUGAUUUGCAUUCAUGGUGAUAAAUCCCAACAGGAGAGAGAUUGGGCUCUCAAUGAAUUCCGCAGUGGGAAAACUCCCAUUCUCCUUGCCACUGAUGUUGCUUCACGGGGUUUGGAUGUGGAAGACAUUAAAUUUGUCAUCAACUUCGACUAUCCAAACUGUUCGGAGGACUAUGUUCAUCGUAUUGGACGGACAGCACGUUCAACCAACACUGGCACUGCUUACACUCUGUUUACCCCUGGCAAUAUCAAACAGGCACCAGACCUGAUCUCAGUGCUGCGGGAAGCGAAACAGGUUGUGAGCCCUAAGUUGUUGCAGCUUGCUGAUUCCUCCAGGAACUACCAGGGAAAAAGUCGGAGUCGAUGGGGUAACAAGGACCGAAGUAUGGGCUUCUCUGAUGGCCGUGACAGAGAUCGAAGCUCCAGCAACAGAGGAGGAGGAGGGAGCUCAUUUGGUUCUCGUCGAUCCUUCGGAGGAAGUGGUGGAGGUGACCGGACAGAUACCCAUGACAAGCCAAAAAGUUUACAUCAACAACGCUCUCAGCCACUGAAACCAAACAUCUUCAGUCAACAAACACCAAGACACAGUUAUUUCAGCACAUCUAGUUUGCAGAAUCAGUCAGCACCAGAACCUCUAAUGAACUCGUCUCCUGGAAAUGUUCAGAACAGUGGGAACCAGCACUCGUCACGAGGAAAUUUUCAGCCUGCCCAACAAGGAGGUUUCAACCAGAAGCUGCCGCAAGGUGGAAUGAAUGUGACAGGUUUCAACAAUCAAGCUGUGUUUCAGGGCCAACUGCAACAAAGCUGGCGCCAAAAUCAAAACAUGCCACUGCAGCAGUUCAGGCCGCCUCUGCCCAUGAGUAACCCACCACCGCCUCCACCGCAGAAUCAAGGAUUUUAAGCCUCCUGCUUCCCUAUUUCUCUGUCUGUGACAGGAAUAACCAGGGAUGCCAAUUUUUUGCGGGGUUUUCUUUUUUUCUUUUUGUUAUAUAUAAUGUAUGUUCCAUUUUUCCUGUUAUUAUCAUAUGGUGAGAAGAAAAGUUAUUAUCCUCAGCAUUUGUUUUUUUGUUUAACCCUGUAUUGAUUGUGUCCUUUAAGUUUGUUUUUGUUUGCAAGUGCGACUUACUAAAUUUUCACCUAUUUUCACAAAAUCCUAGUGGCAAUUCCUGAAGAACAAUAUUUGUGUACAGAAAUCAUGUGUAACUGUUUUUCUCUCUUCGUCCCACAUAUUCUUUCAUUGUCAUGUUAAUCACAUUUAACAGGCACUUGAUGUCAGUGUCCACCGUAAAGUAUAGGAGGGGAAUGACGAUUAUUUUAGUCUCUUCAUAAUAAAACAAAAAAGCUUUAUGAUGUAUUUGGUUCAUGCUCUUUGAGGACUGAUGUUUUCUUUUUACUUUCACUCUCCAUCUUUUAUUUUUAUUGGAAUAUUUUUAUUUUCACUUCAGCUUCACUUAACCUCUCUCUUACUUAUUGACACCACGUUGAUUUGUUAUUUUUAUGUGAAAAAAAAAGUACAUUACAUACUAUUUAUAUUGCUUUUUGUUUUGUCGGAACAGUAGGCUACUGGCUCUGUAAAUGCGUAAUGUAUAUAUAUAUAUAUAUCCCGAACAUAAUUGUUUCUUUAAAAAAGAUACCUUACCAUAUGUCCUUAAGCACACUUUUGUAUUUGGGAAUACUGUUUUUGGUAGGUUACUCUUCUUCUAGGUAGCAACUGCGUUUAUCGCGGCCACUGUUUUUGGCAUGGCCACGAUUUUUGCAUUUAAAAAAACAAAAAAAAACACUGCCAGGAAAUAAAAUAUUUU